AUAGUUUACUCAGUGUCUAGUAUUCAUGAGUCCUACUCCCCUGGUAACUUUUGUCUCAUGUGACUGCUCAAGAAUCUCUGUGCGAGAAUGGCGAAGUACAGCAGAAUACCACUUGCUUAAAAAGAAGUACACUCCACUUUGGUUUGGAUACCGUUUUGCUUCCUCAGAUCUUCACUUGUGUUCUUCCUUGCUGAACAUCUUUAGAGUGUGUUUGGGAGUGUAAGAAGAUGGGGUCUGUGUCUCUGAAAGUAGGAGACGGAACAGCAAGAUUCAAGAAGAGGGCUUCCCUUUGCUCAUCAGCUGUCAAUCUUCUCAUGGUCUUCUCCGUACUCACUACAAAUCUCUUCGCUCUAUACGCUUUUACCCACCCACCUAGCAAGACCCACCAUCUACUCCUUCACGAGACCCACAAGAACAUCUCCGACCAUGUCUCCCUUAUCCUCAGUGAGAUCAAUUCGUCUCAGAAGAAGGUCGCCCAUAUCCAGAAAGAGCUCCUAGGCUACGAAAGCAUUGAUCUUUCCAAACCCAACAUCGCCCCUGAGCUGAGAAUGUUUCUUCUUCGUCACCAGCUUCCUCUGGGCAAAGAUUCAAGAACUGGGAUUACAACAAUGGUGGCUUCCGUGGGUCAUUCUUGCCAGAAAUCCAUCGAUUUGCUGUCGCAGUUCAUGAAAUAUAAGGUCAGCGGGCCUUGCCCAGACGACUGGGUUCUGGGUCAAAAUCUGAUUUUGAAGGGCUGUCAGCCUCUCCCAAGGAGGAGGUGCUUUUCCAAGAUUACACCCAAAUCCGAUUUACAACCUUUUCCCAUUUCUCUUUGGAAGACUAGUAGUGAAAAGAGCUAUAGUUGGAAUGGCCUUUCUUGCAAAAACUUCUCCUGUUUGAAUGGUAAGAAAUUGAGCAUAGACUGUAAAGGUUGCUUCGAUAUAGUGUCUGGGUAUGAGACCCAGAGAUACGUUAAAGCUAGGGGUAAGAAUGACUUUCUGCUUGAUGAUGUGCUUUCAAUGGGUGGAAAUGGUGGAAGAAUCCGUGUCGGGUUUGAUGUAGGUGGUGGCGGGUCUGGAACUUUUGCUGCUAGAAUGGCUGAAAGGAACGUCACUGUGGUGACUUCCACAUUAAACAUUGGUGCACCUUUCAAUGAGUUCAUAGCUUCAAGAGGACUUUUCCCACUCUUUUUGAGUUUGGAUCACCGGUUCCCAUUUUAUGACAAUGUGUUUGAUUUGGUUCACGUAGGGAACGGGCUUGAUAUCGGGGUCCAACCCACAGAGAAAUUGGACUUCUUGAUGUUUGACAUAGAUCGGGUUCUACGGGCAGGUGGCUUGUUUUGGUUGGAUAAUCUGUAUUGCUAUGGUGAUGAGAAGCGAAAGGCGUUGACCCAUUUGAUUGAGAGAUUUGGAUACAAGAAGUUGAAAUGGGUUGUAGGAGAGAAGAACAACGGGUCAGAGAAGCCUGAGGUGUACUUAUCUGCUGUCUUACAGAAACCAGUAAGAGUGUGAUAUGAUGAGAGCUUGCAUGUGAUCCCCAAACACUUGUGCGCCCAAGCCCAAUGAUCAGCAGGGGGUGACUGCCACUUCAGCAUUGACAAAGCUGACAAACCGGCUCAACUUUAUGAAGGAGCGCAACACUCAAAUUGGAAAUCAGGUCCAACCAACAGACAAGGACCGGAUUUUUGGGCAGCCUGCCCGGUCUAUUGAGCGAAAAGGGCCAGAUCCUCCCACAUCCUCGCACAACAUGUCCGAGAGCAGCCCUUCAUCUGAACAUAUAGAAUCAAACAGCAACCAAGCUGUUGUGCCGAAUGUGGAUGGUCAACAAUCACUCCAAACUCCUCAAGAUACAUCUAGAAGCUCUGAUGGCCUUAAUAAUAAUAUGGAACAGGAGAAACCAGAGAGUUUCUCUGAAAAAAACCCGAAAUAAGAGCCACCCGGUGAACCGGUUGGUUGGCCGGUUCGGGCCACCCGGCCCGGUGGGAUCUCGGUUCGGGCUCGGGCCCUUCAAAAGGUGAACCGGCCCGGUCGGUUUGGGCCCGGGCUGGGUCAAUUUUUUUUUUUUGAAUUUUUUUAAGUUUUUGGAUUGGGCUAAUUAACCGUAGCCUACUAUUGCUCCCCGACAAACCCACCAACCGGCCCAUGGCCAUACCUACCUAACCCAUGGGCAUACUGGCCCCCCACCCCAUGGGCCUCACCCCCCUACCCUUACCCCACCACGCACCCCCAUCAGCCACCACCUCCUCACUCUUCCCCCGUCAUUCUUGGACCGCGCCCACAAGCUCAUUACUCCACUACUACACCACCUCCCACCGACAUUCAAGCGGCCAUGCACACCAUGACACUAUCUCCGCCGGACACCAAUUGGUACAUGGACACCGGGGCAACUUCACACAUGACCUCCUCCUCAGGAUCUCCACACAGGGACAAAAAUUCUGCGGUGCAAUAGUUCCGGCCACCUCUACCCGGUGCAACCUAGUCUCAGCCCACGCACGCUCCAUGCAUCCGCCUUCAUUACACUUCCCGCUGAACUUUGGCAUAGUCGGCUAGGCCAUCCGGGGGAUCCCGUUUUUAAUAUUCUUCGCUCCAAUAAUGUUAUUUCGUGUAAUAAAAUUCUUGCUUCCACUUGCACCUCGUGUCAAAUGGGAAAGCAUGUUAAACUACCAUUUUCUAGUUCUUUGUCCUGUACUUCUAAGGCAUUUGAAAUAAUACAUAGUGAUUUAUGGACU